AUGUGCCCCCCGGUCAGUGUGCCUUUCGAGGAAGAGGGCAUAUCCUACCUCUACGCCUCCUGGAUGUAUCGGCGUCAACAUGGAGACCAGCUAAGCGUUUGCUUCACUUGCUUCAAGAGUGCCUUUGAGGACCUUAAAGAGAUGUUGGAGUCAGAGAUCUUGGAAGAAGUCAGCUGGGACCCUGAGCUGAUGGAGCACACUGAGGCAGAGUCUGAGCAGGAGGGGUCCCCAGAGAUGGAGCUGGGCUGGGGGCAGAGCCCAGGGCAGCUUAUGCAGGUGGGCUCUGAGGCAUGGGAGCCAGAGACCCUGGCAUCAGCCCCAGAAGAGGUGGAAGACGAAGACCCGGACCUCGAAUUUGUGCCCACUGAACUGGGGCCUCAGGACGCUGAGCCCCUGGGCCUGGCUCUUGAGGACGCUGACUGGACCCAGGGUCUUCCCUGGAGAUUGGAUCUGCCUCUUAUCUGCUCACACUGGAAAAGCUUCUUUUCUUCAUGGCAGGAGUCUUUCAAAGUGGACCUGCCCCCAGGGGAGCCCAUGCUUGUCUCCAUGGUGGACUGCUACAAUGCCAUCUACCUCCAGAAGAUGACCCUGAACAGGGCCCUGAGGACCCCAGGGCAGCACUGGAAAUUGCUACUGGAACCUGGACAUCAGACUAAGAGCCAGCAAUUGCUCUUCCACAACAGCGAGGGGAGCAGUUGGUAA